AAUUAUAAAAUGGCCAGACAUCAUCAUCACCAACAUCAACAUGGUCACGAAAACCAAAAGCAUAGCGAAGAACGUAAAGUAGAGCAACAAGCACAAGAAGUAGAACAAAUUGUGUUGGAAGAGGAAGUUUUAUCUGAUACAACCACAGUUGAAACAACAAGUGAACAACAAGAAAUUGUUCAAGAUAAUAAAUCAGGAAAUAAGUUUGUCUCACGUGUUACUUCAAUUCCUAUUGUUCAAGAUGGUGUUUCAACCGUCCAAGCAAUCGCUAACAAGACAAGUCUUGGUAGAUUUGCUCUCUUAACAGCUAACUCCACUUAUUUCACCGUCAGUAAAUACACCAACAGUCAACCUAAAUAUGUUCAAUCCUAUUAUGAAAGCUACAUUCAACCUCACGUCGAAAAGGCCGAUGCUCUUGGAUGUCGCUCUUUAGAUUUAAUCCAAAACAAAUUUCCCGUCGUUAACCAAUCCACUUCAGAGAUCGUUAGAGCUGUUACUACUCCCUCUUAUCAAAUCGUCGAUGGCGUCAAGGUUAAAAUCGAUAGCUCUAUUACACAACCCGCCAACCAGGUUGCCAAGGAAGCCAAUAAGAGAUUUGGAAGUGUUGUAGAUAAUGUCGAGGCAGUCAUCCAACGUUAUCUUCCUGCAGAAGAAAAGACCAGCUCUGAUGCACGUGAAAUUAACCAAGCAGUACGUGCUUACUACGUUUUGAAUGAUGCUACUCUUCGUUUAAGUCAAAGAGUGACUGAACAAGUCAAGACUUCUGCAGCACAAAUUCCUCGUACUCGUGGCGAUAUUGCUCGUAUUACCGAAACAUCGGCAUUAGUUCAAAAGACCACAGCCAAUAUUCAACUUCUUCAAGAGACUGUUGUUCAAUCAAUCACAUUGUACGCACAACAAGCUCAUCAACGUCUUCCUCCUGCUGUAACUGAGCGUAUCCAAACACUCCAUGCUAGUACCAAUGAAAGAUUACAAGGUUUGACCCAACAAGUAUCUACCCAGCUUUUGCAAGUGAUUGAUUUUGUCAAGGUACAAUCGGGUGAGACUCCUGAAUGGCUCAAGACCCGUGUUUCUUCUCUUGUUGAGAUUGCUAAUAAGCAAGUCGAAUUAGUUCGUGUUCAAUAUGCACGUGAAGAUAUUACCUCCUUGGAUAAGGCAAAGAAUGUUGCUCAAGCUCUUCAAUCACAAGUUUUGCCCGUACUUCAGUUAGUACAAGCUCAAUUGAAUCAUUAUUCGGAAGUUGCACGUCAAAGAGCUUCUUCUGAUUUGAAGCUUCCUUUAGAGUAUCUUGGUUUGGCUCACGUUCCCAAGUUGGCUUCUGCUUAAUAAAUACACACACAUUUAUUAUAUAAAAAAAAAAAAAAAAAAGAGAGAGAAAAGUUUAAGCUUUUCUUUUUUUUUUUUUUUUUUGUUUUUCACUCUCUUUCACACACUUUUUUUUUUUUUUUUUUUUUUUUUUUCUUUUCAUUU